UCGUGCGUGUGCCUUCUAUGCCGUCCUCGCUUUCCGGCUGCUGUUUCUCCACGACUCUCCGCUUUCCCUCCUCCCUUUUCUCCCUGACGGCUUACUUUGCGGCAGCACUGAGAGCCCCACCCCCUUUCUCUGCGGAAUCACCAUGGCGGCUGGGACCCUGUACACAUAUCCUGAAAACUGGAGGGCCUUCAAGGCCCUCAUUGCCGCUCAGUACAGCGGGGCUCAGGUCCGCGUACUCUCCGCACCACCCCACUUCCACUUUGGCCAGACCAACCGCACCCCUGAAUUUCUCCGCAAAUUUCCUGCAGGCAAGGUUCCAGCAUUUGAAGGUGAUGAUGGAUUCUGUGUGUUCGAGAGCAAUGCCAUCGCCUACUACGUGAGCAAUGAGGAGCUGCGGGGAAGUAGUCCAGAGGCAGCAGCCCAGGUGGUACAGUGGGUGAGCUUUGCUGAUAGCGACAUAGUGCCCCCAGCCAGUACCUGGGUGUUCCCCACCUUGGGCAUCAUGCACUACAACAAGCAGGCCACAGAGAAUGCAAAGGAGGAGGUGAGGCGAAUUCUGGGGCUGCUGGAUGCUCACUUGAAGACAAGGACUUUUCUGGUGGGUGAACGUGUGACACUGGCUGACAUCACAGUUGUCUGCACCCUAUUGUGGCUCUAUAAACAGGUCCUGGAGCCUUCUUUCCGCCAGGCCUUCCCCAACACCAACCGCUGGUUCCUCACCUGCAUUAACCAGCCCCAGUUCCGCACCAUCUUGGGGGAGGUGAAGCUCUGUGAGAAGAUGGCCCAGUUUGAUGCUAAAAAGUUUGCAGAGAGCCAGCCUAAGAAGGACACCCCACGGAAGGAGAAGGAGAAGGGAUCUCGGGAGGAGAAGCAGAAACCCCAGGCCGAGCGCAAAGAGGAGAGAAAGGCAGCCGCUCCUGCUCCGGAGGACGAGAUGGACGAGUGUGAGCAGGCGCUGGCCGCCGAGCCCAAGGCCAAGGACCCCUUUGCUCACCUGCCCAAGAGUACCUUUGUGUUGGAUGAAUUUAAGCGCAAGUACUCCAAUGAGGACACGCUUUCUGUGGCGCUGCCAUACUUUUGGGAGCACUUUGAUAAGGACGGCUGGUCCCUGUGGUACUCCGAGUACCGCUUCCCAGAAGAGCUUACGCAGACCUUCAUGAGUUGCAACCUCAUCACUGGAAUGUUCCAGCGAUUGGACAAGCUGAGGAAGAAUGCCUUUGCCAGUGUCAUCCUCUUUGGAACCAACAAUAGCAGCUCCAUUUCUGGAGUCUGGGUCUUCCGAGGCCAGGAGCUUGCCUUUCCGUUGAGUCCAGACUGGCAGGUGGACUACGAGUCAUACACGUGGCGGAAACUGGAUCCCGGCAGCGAGGAGGCCCAGACGCUGGUCCGAGAGUACUUUUGCUGGGAGGGGGCCUUCCAGCACGUGGGCAAAGCCUUCAAUCAGGGCAAGAUCUUCAAGUGAACAUCUCUUGCCACCGCCUAGCUGCCUGUGCCCAUCCUUCAGGGAGAUGGGGGUCAUUAAAGGAAACUGAACAUUCAA